AACAAAAAAAAAGUAAUUAAAAAACAGUCUAAAUUAUAAAAAAGUUUCUGGUCUAAAGCAUAUAUAAAAAAUACUUGUUAAAUAACUGCUAAGUAUAAGUUAAAUAAAAUGAACAGUUAAUCCAAAUCAUUUUUAAAUGAUGAAGAAUCAUCUUCUCCUGAUUUAAAUAAUAACGAAUUAAUGGAUCAUUCCUCAAAAGAAUGUUUUAGUUUGUUUUACGAAAAACUAGAUGAUUGCACUGGUUUUGACUACCACUCAUACAUUAAUAACUCAAUUUCUUUAAAUUAACAAAAUAACAGCGCAGAAAAUAUAUUUAAUUCCAACGAAACUGAGGGUUAUUCUAAUCAAGAAAUAGUGUAACAUUUUGUCUCUUCUCCCUAUUUAGAAGAUAAAUCAUUUGAAGUGUCUUACUCUGCUUAAAAUUAUUCGGAAGAUAAUCGAUUUUUGUUUGAUGCUAAAUUUGUCGAAUAAUAAUAAUAAUAAUAAUUAUAAUAAUAAAAGUAAGCUAGCACUUAAAAAUAUGGAUUUUAAAAUGGAUUGAUCACGAAAUCUGAUGCAGAUUAAUGUAUUGUGCAGCCAUUUAUAAUUAAAAGAAAGAAAAUUGAAGAAAAAAAAGAUGACAAUCAAAAUUUUAUAGAAACUCAAUAUAAUUCUUUAUAUAUUUACUUUGAAAAAUUGAAGUAAAAGAAUAAAAAAGAGGGACUAUCAAACAAUAUCUUCGAAGAGGAUGAACCCGUUUCAGAUAACUUCCACUAUUUGAAUAAAAAGGAAUAUGAAAACAAGAAAAAAUAAUACAUUUUAGAAAAGAGAAGAAAAAAUGAAGAAAAGAAAAAAAGUGAAGAAGAAGCCUUAAGUGUACUAAAGUAAAAGAGGAAAUUCAAGCCUAUCCGCAUUCAACAAAAAGCUGAAUACAAAUAGAGCCUAUACAAGCUGAUAGAUGAAUAAUUCAAUUUCUUAUUCUAUGGUGAUAUGUGCGUUUGUAAAGAUGUAUUUACAGAUCUUGACAUAGAAAAGAUUAAAACUUCUUGUUGUCCUAUAAAUUACUUUAGGCCUCCUGUGCAAGUAUUUAAGGGAAAUAAUUAUUGCCUCGCUUAGCUGGAUGAUACUUAUAAUGGAACAACUGAUGUAAAUGCUGCUGUCCAUAUGCUUGAUAGAUUAAACACAUACGAAGCAAGACUUAUUUCAGAAUUUUUAUCUAAAAAAUAUUCUGUUUAGCUAAGUGGAUAACAAGAAUUUAAAAACAAGGUGCUUAAUCACUACAAUAAUGAUGAAUAAAAAAUUCGUGAAGUUGUGGCAUAAAACCACUAACUCUCUUUAAAAAAAGCUUUUGACAUUAUAAAUAAGUUAGAUUAAAACAAAGUUAUUGCUCUGCAUUACAAGAAAGUAGAUCCUUAUACUUUAACAGUUAAAUAGCAUUUUGUAGGAGGCAAUACUUCCUUCUGUAAUUUAUUUAUAGGAUCUCAAAAUCUUGAUAUCAUGAGCUAAUUUAUGUCUCGUUGGGGACUACCUCACUAUAUGGAUGCUAAGGGAAUCAUAGAUUUAUCUCGUGUGAUAUUUGAAGGUGGCACAUCUUUUACCAUGAGCAUGGUAACUUACGAUGAUUUUGAAAUCCCACUUACAACAACAAUAAAGCGUAUUAAUCUCUAACCCUUUGAAAUUAUACCUGGCCACGUACUUAGUGAUUUCUUAGAAGUGAGAUUAUUAGAAGGAAAUUAAAAAUUAAUUGAUAGUGUUCAUCGCUAAAGGUAUCUGACUCCAUAAGCAGUCAUUGAAAAAUUUAAGUUAGAUGACUUUCAUUACACAAUCGAAGCUGAAUAAUUCAUUAAUAAAUUCUAUUCAUAAUAAUAAUAAUAAUAACAAUAAUAAUAAUAAUGA